GACGAUCGUAUGUGAUCUUCAAUAAUACCACCUAUUAUACUAUUUGUCGGAGUAUUUUUUUGUCUUCUAAAUGCGACUUGCUGCAAGAGGCGUAGGCGGCUUUUCGUUCCCAAUAAAAACCAUUAAAAAGAAACAAAAAAAAACACUAUAAAAAGAACACAUUGUGUCAUAAACUAACGUAGUCUGUCCAUCAAACGAAUUCUAUCCCGUCUCUCUCCGUUCCAAUCAUCCCCUCCUAGCCUCUGGCUCAUUCAUUUGAAAUAACAGAACAUCACGAUGGCCAGAGGAGGAGAGGAGCUCACGGUCACUUUGUUGAAUAAGAGUGCUGAGAACGGUGCGGAAGAGGAUGAGUUGGGGUUGAAGGAGAAGGUUUGGAUUGAAACAAAGAAGCUUUGGGUAGUAGCGGCGCCGGCUAUCUUCACGAGGUUCUCUACGUUCGGAGUUUCGAUGAUAAGUCAAGCUUUCAUCGGCCAUCUUGGACCUAUCGAGUUAGCCGCUUACUCAAUCACCUUCACCGUUCUCCUCCGUUUCAGUAAUGGUAUUUUGUUAGGCAUGGCCAGUGCACUAGAAACGCUAUGUGGUCAAGCUUACGGAGCAAAACAAAACCAUAUGCUCGGAAUCUAUCUCCAAAGGUCAUGGAUCGUCCUCACAGGUUGUACCAUUUGCCUCACCCCCGUUUAUAUCUUCUCGGGCCCUAUCCUCUUAGCCUUGGGUCAAGAGGAACGCAUUGUCCAUGUGGCUCGGAUCAUAGCCUUAUGGGUCAUAGGCAUCAACUUCUCAUUCAUACCAUCAUUCACGUGCCAAAUGUUUCUCCAAGCUCAGAGCAAAAACAAAAUCAUUGCUUAUGUGGCUGCAGUCUCGUUAGCCGUCCACAUGUUCUUGUCGUGGCUCCUAGUGGUUCAUUUUGAUUUUGGAAUCACCGGUGCUAUGACCUCGACGCUCGUUGCGUUCUGGUUGCCUAACAUUGCGCAGCUCUUGUUCGUCACUUGUGGUGGGUGUAAGGACACGUGGAGAGGAUUCUCUAUGAUGGCUUUCAAAGAUUUAUGGCCCGUCUUCAAACUAUCCAUGUCUUCCGGAGGAAUGCUAUGCUUGGAGUUAUGGUAUAACUCGAUCUUGGUACUACUCACUGGAAAUUUAAAAAACGCAGAGGUGGCUCUUGACGCACUUGCAAUCUGCCUCAACAUAAAUGGAAUGGAGAUGAUGAUAGCACUUGGUUUUUUGGCAGCAGCAAGUGUAAGAGUGUCUAACGAGCUCGGUAGUGGAAACUCGAAAGGAGCCAAGUUUGCAACAUUGACAGCCGUUUUCACGUCACUCUUUAUAGGAAUAGUUCUGUUCUUCGUUUUCUUGUUUCUAAGAGGAAAAGUGUCCUACAUUUUCACGACAAGUGAAGCUGUCGCAGCAGAAGUUGCCGACCUUUCUCCACUUUUAGCAUUUUCCAUCCUCAUGAACAGUGUUCAACCUGUUCUCUCAGGAGUUGCUGUUGGAGCAGGAUGGCAAGGAUAUGUUACUUACGUUAACCUUGCUUGCUAUUACCUUGUCGGAAUUCCUACUGGUGUUAUCCUGGGCUACGUAGUCGGUUUGCAAGUCAAAGGUGUCUGGAUCGGAAUGCUCUUUGGAGUAUUUGUUCAAACUUGCGUGCUUACCAUCAUGACUCUGAGAACAGAUUGGGAUCAACAGGUGUAUACUUCGUUGAGACGUUUAAACCGGUGGGUUGUACCAGAAUCUAGUGCCGUAAACAAAACAUCAUCAGAGGAAUAACUAAUUUGGAUUAUUCUUCAAAUUCACAUAAGAUGUCAUAUCAUUUAUACAUUAAAAAAAUCAAAGCAACCUUUUAAGCCUGCAAAGACAAGAAUGUAACAAUUGUUAUUGAAUUUAUGUCUCGUGGCAACUUGUAAUGAGAUCUUAAGUUUUUGAUUAAUAUUAGUGUUACUGGUUUAUGCCAAACAU